CGCUCGCGCAUGAACGCCUACCGGGGCCUGGCCAGCGCCGCCUACCUGUCCCUGGCCAGCGAGGACCCCGUCAGGACGGCGCUGGAGCUCAGCAACGAGCUGGCCGUGCUGGCCAACAUCGAGAAGGAGUUCAAGAACGACUACAAGAAGCUGUCCAUGCAGUGCAAGGACUUCGUGGUGGGCCUUCUGGACCUGUGCCGGAACACGGAGGAGGUGGAGGCCAUUCUGAACGGCGAUGUGGAGACGCGGCACCCCGGGGAUCACGGCCGUCCGAACCUCAGCCGCUUGAAGCUCGCCAUUAAGUACGAAGUAAAGAAAUUUGUGGCUCACCCAAACUGCCAGCAGCAGCUCCUGUCCAUCUGGUACGAGAACCUUUCCGGCUUGCGGCAGCAGACGAUGGCCGUCAAGUUUCUGGUGGUCCUGGCGGUGGCUGUGGGGCUGCCCUUCCUGGCUCCCAUCUACUGGUGUGCUCCGUGCAGCAAGAUUGGGAGGAUAAUGCGUGGGCCGUUCAUGAAGUUUGUGGCUCACGCGGCCUCGUUCACCAUCUUCCUGGGGCUGCUGGUCAUGAACGCGGCAGACAGAUUCGAAGGCACCAAGCUGCUUCCCAACGAGACCAGCGUGGACCACGCGCGGCAGCUCUUCCGGAUGAAGACGUCCUGCUUCUCGUGGAUGGAGAUGCUCAUCAUAUCCUGGGUGAUCGGCAUGAUAUGGGCUGAAUGUAAAGAAAUCUGGAUCCAGGGCCCCAAAGAGUACCUGUUUGAGCUGUGGAACAUGCUGGACUUCGGCAUGCUGGCCAUCUUCGCGGCCUCGUUCAUUGCCAGGUUCAUGGCGUUCUGGCACGCUUCCAAAGCCCAGAGCAUCAUCGACGCCAACGACACGCUGAAGGAUUUGACCAAAGUUGCCUUGGGAGACAACGUGAAAUACUACAACUUGGCCAGGAUACAGUGGGACCCGUCGGACCCUCAGAUCAUAUCCGAAGGUCUGUAUGCCAUUGCGGUGGUGCUGAGUUUCUCCCGAAUUGCGUACAUCCUGCCAGCGAACGAGAGCUUCGGGCCUCUGCAGAUCUCGCUGGGGAGGACGGUGAAGGACAUCUUCAAGUUCAUGGUCAUCUUCAUCAUGGUGUUUGUGGCCUUCAUGAUCGGCAUGUUCAACCUCUACUCCUACUACAUCGGCGCCAAGCAGAAUGAGGCCUUCACCACCGUGGAGGAGAGCUUUAAGACGCUGUUCUGGGCCAUCUUCGGGCUUUCGGAGGUGAAGUCUGUGGUGAUCAACUACAACCACAAGUUCAUCGAGAACAUCGGCUACGUGCUGUACGGUGUCUACAAUGUCACCAUGGUCAUCGUGCUGCUGAACAUGCUCAUCGCCAUGAUCAACAGCUCCUUCCAGGAGAUCGAGGACGAUGCUGACGUGGAGUGGAAGUUCGCCAGGGCCAAGCUCUGGUUCUCCUACUUCGAGGAGGGCAGGACGCUGCCGGUCCCGUUCAACCUGGUGCCCAGCCCCAAGUCCCUCUUCUAUCUCCUAGUCAAGUUGAAGAAGUGGGUUUCGGAGCUGUUUGUGGGGCACAGAAAAGGCUUCCGGGAGGACGCGGAGAUGAACGAGAGUAAAGAAGAAAAGAAACUUGGAAUUCUGGGAAGUCAUGAAGAUCUUUCAAAAUUGUCACUUGACCAGAAACAGAUUAAACCAGCCGUGCAGUCUACCCAGAGCCUGGUACUUAGGGGAAAAGAGCUGUUGGCAGUGUCCCAGCACCACGUGCCAGCGGUGCCUUCUCCCUGCCUCUUCUCUGGGGUCCACACGCUGGCUGUGGAGGAGAAAGUAAUGAAGCGGCUCAUCAAAAGAUACGUGCUGCAGGCGCAGGUGGACAAGGAGAGUGACGAAGUGAAUGAAGGGGAACUGAAGGAAAUCAAGCAGGACAUCUCCAGCCUCCGCUACGAGCUCCUUGAAGAAAAGUCCCAGAACACAGAGGACCUGGCAGAACUCAUAAGGAAACUCGGGGAGAAAUUAUCCUUGGAACCACAUCAAGAGGAAAGCAGCAAAAGAUAAUCCAGAUCCUUCCUUAGAAAUCCGUAUUUGUCCACUUGAAGCCAUAUUGUUUUCUGAUAUAUUUUUGUUAAGUGCCAAUGAUAGAAAAAG